CGCCGUCGCCGCCCCCUCCUUCGCCCGAGCCGUCGCCGCCGCCGAUGCCGCCGCCGUGCGAGUGCCCGGAGGCCUUCCCCGUCUGCUGGAAGGAUGGCUGGGGCGCCGACCAGUCUUGCUACUACUCUGAAGACUCGCAGUACCCUGGCCGCGAGUGCCGCAACACCUGCACCGGUGACUACGUCGCAAAGCCGAGGUCGCGCGGCGGCGGCUUCUUCUCGUUCUUCCGCGGCGGCCGCCUCGUCGAGGAGUCGGCCAACGCGCCCAAGUCCCCCAGGUUGCUUCCCGUCGCGGCGGCCGCCAGCGGCGUCGCUGCGCUGCUCGCCGCGUUCCUCACGCGCCGGCAGCUGCAGGCCCGCGCCGGCUAUGCCCAAGUGGAGCACCCGCUCGUGUGAGCGGCCGCUGCCUCGCCGCCGCCCACGCGCCGCCGCGCCGGGGCGCGGUCACUCGCCAUGUCCAUGUCUUGCGCGCUGGAGCGACGCCGCUGCCGCUUGGGAGACAACCCCCGCCCGCGUGCCCUCUCCAUGGGCCGGAGGCAUGCCGGGGGCGGGGGUCGCGAGCACACGCGGAGCGCGGCCAGCGCAGCACGCCCGCAUCUAGAUGGCACCGUUGGCCACGGGCCGAGUACACACUCCGGACCGCCGCCGCCUCUCGCUCAAAGACAGAAUCUUCGGGGCGGGGGCGUGGGGCGAGGAGCUUCCGUUGACCGUUCGCCUCCGCGCGUGCGAGCUCAACCGUGUACGUGUUAAGGUGCAUGCGGGUCGUUGUUUUUACGCAUGUGUCUACUCAUGUUCUUUGCACGAAGACUAACAGUAAAAAGGGCUCAC